AUGGAUCGAAGUUGGAUAUCAACAAAACAACCGGGUGACCCAGAAUAUCGAGCAGGUGUUAGAGAGUUCAUUAAUUUUGCAGUUACUAAUAGUGGAGGUCGUCCCAAGCUACCAUGUCCUUGUUAUAUGUGCCACAAUUUGCUGCAUAAGAGGCCUGACGAAAUACUCAAUCACUUGAGUAAGUGGGCAUUUGAUAAAACAUAUACCAAUUGGAUUUGGCAUGGAGAAUGUAGGGAAAAACCUCUUGUUAGUAAUGUAGAGGGUAGUGGGUGUGAAGGUGAUAGAAUAAAUGAGGCUGAUAAUUUGGAAGAUUUGUUGCAUUCAGUGAAGGAUAACUUUGAUGAUAAUCCUACCAUGUUUGAGAGCAUUUUAAAUGACUCUGAAAAGCCUUUGUAUGAUGGUUGCACUAAGUAUACUAGAUUGUCUGCGAUAAUCAAGUUAUACAACUUGAAGGCAUGUCAUGGUUGGACUGAUACAAGCUUCAGCAUGCUACUAGAAGUUGUCAAAGACAUGCUUCCAGAAGACAAUAUCCUUCCAUCAGGUACUUAUGAGGCAAAAAAGAGUUUAAGCUCUAUGGGUUUACCUUACGAGAAAAUCCAUGCGUGUCCUAACAAUUGCAUGUUGUAUCAAAAUGAAAAUGAAUCUUUACAGAGUUGCUCAAUUUGUAAUGCCUCGCGUUAUAAGAAAGAUGAUGGCACAGUCCCAGCUAAGGUAUUAUGGUAUUUUCCAAUAAUACCACGGUUUAGGCGGUUGUUCUCAAAUGCAGGGGAUGUAGAGAAAUUAACAUGGCAUCAUUAUGGUCGAUUAGAUGAUGGAAUGCUUAGACACCCCGCCGAUUCUCCACAAUGGAGGUUUAUUGAUGGAAAUUACCCGGACUUUGCAAAAGAGAAGCGUAAUCUAAGGCUUGCAUUGUCUACUAAUGGGUUCAAUUCAUUUGGGAACUUGAGUAGCACAUAUAGUACAUGGCCCGUUAUAUUGGCUACUUAUAACUUACCCCCUUCGUUGUGCAUGAAACCACGAUAUAUGUUUUUAGCAUUGCUAAUUUCUGGGCCUAAACAACCUGGCAAUGACAUUGAUGUGUAUUUGGAACCUCUCAUUGAUGAUUUGAUUAUUCUUUGGGAGGAUGGUAUACAGGUGUUUGAUGCACAUUGUAAUGAGAACUUUAUCAUGAAAGCAAUGUUGUUUAACACCAUCCAAGAUUUUCCUGCUUACGGUAAUCUUUCUGGGUAUACCGUGAAAGGGAAAGCACCUUGUCCCAUAGGCAUGGAGGAUUGCGGGGGAGAAUGGUUGAGCGCAUCACGCAAGCAUGUGUUCCCUUUACAUCGGCAAUAUCUUCCAUCGAGUCAUCCAUUUCGUAAAAGGAAAAAGGCCUUCAAUGGAAAACAAGAUUUUAAAGAUCGCCUAAGAGUUCUAUCAAGUGAAGAGGUGUACGAAAAGGUUAAAGAUAUUCAAAUUACCUAUGGGAAAAAACAUAGGUCUGCUCUUCUUACGCAAGGCUUUAAGAAGUGUUCAUAUUUAUGGCGCCUACCUUAUUGGAGAUUCCUUUUUGUGAGACAUUCACUUGACGUGAUGCAUAUUGAAAAGAAUGUGUGUGAUAGUUUGAUUGGUACUUUAUUGAAUAUUCAUGGGAAGACUAAAGAUGGCACGAAAGCUAGAGAUGACUUACAGACCAUGGGGAUUAGAAGUGAACUCCAUGCUGUUGUUAAUGACAAAGGUCGAGCAUACCUACCUCCAGCAGCUUACACAUUGUCAAGAAAAGAGAAAAUUGAAUUUUGUGAGAGCUUGGCUGGAGUAAAAGUGCCAGAGGGUUAUUCUUCAAAUAUUCGCAACCUUGUGAAUAUGGAAAACUUGAAACUUGUGGGCCUUAAAUCUCAUGAUUUCCAUGUUCUAAUGCAAAAUCUGUUACCAGUGGCUAUUCGUUCAAUUUUGCCCAAAAAUGUUCGAUUUGCCAUAACCAAACUUUGUUUAUUUUUUAAUGCAAUUUAUAGCAAGGUCUUUGAUCCAAAAGAGUUGACUGCAUUGGAAGAUGGAAUCGUUGUAACUUUGUGCCAGUUAGAAAUGUACUUUCCACUAUCGUUUUUUGAUGUCAUGAUUCAUUUACCAGUUCACUUGGUAAGAGAGGUGCGAUUUUGUGGGCCUGUGUACUUGAGAAAUCAGUGGCCUUUUGAAAGGCAAAUGAAAACAUAUGGCGGUUAUGUCAAGAACCCUUUUCACCCAGAAGGUUGUAUCGCUGAACGAAUUUUUUAUGAAGAAGUUCUUGCAUAUACUAGUGAAUUUAUAUCAAAUUCAAUGAAGAUAGGGCUUCCUGUUUCUCAGCAUAUGGGAAGAAUGGGUGGUCAGGGGACCCUAGGGCGCAAACAACUUGACAUGUCGUAUGACGAUUGGCACAAGGCCCAUUCGUAUAUUCUUCACAAUGAGGAUGAGGUGAUGCCAUAUAUUCAAAAACACAUGAGAUACUUGAGGAAAUACAAUAGAAGGGCAAAUGAGAAAUCAAUAGCUGAUGAACACAAUAGAUCGUUCAUUAGGUGGUUCAAAUAUCAAGUUUUCAGGGAGCUUCAGGAUUCUCCAAGUUCUAUUUCUGAUCGACUUAAGAGUUUGGCAUAUGGACCUAAUUUCAACGCUACUUAA